CUGUGCGCUCGGCCGGACCCCUUCCCACUCCCCUGUCCCUCUUUUCCACGUCCCCGGGGUGCGCGGCCACCAUGGCGUCCAGCGAGGAGGACGGCACCAACGGCGCCUCGGAGGCCGGCGAGGAGAGGGAGGCCACUGGCAAGAGGAGACGCCUCGGCCUCUUGGCGACCGCCUGGCUCACCUUCUACAACAUCGCCAUGACCGCGGGGUGGUUGGUUCUGGCUAUUGCCAUGGUACGUUUUUAUAUGGAAAAAGGAACACACAAAGGUUUAUAUAAAAGUAUUCAGAAGACACUUAAAUUUUUCCAGACAUUUGCCUUGCUUGAGAUAGUCCACUGUUUAAUUGGAAUUGUACCUACUUCUGUGCUUGUGACUGGGGUCCAAGUGAGUUCAAGAAUCUUUAUGGUGUGGCUCAUUACGCACAGUAUAAAACCAAUCCAGAAUGAAGAGAGUGUGGUGCUUUUUCUGGUGGCGUGGACUGUGACAGAGAUUACUCGCUAUUCCUUCUACACAUUCAGUCUUCUUGACCACUUGCCAUACUUCAUUAAAUGGGCCAGAUAUAAUUUUUUUAUCAUCUUAUAUCCUGUUGGAGUUGCUGGUGAACUUCUUACGAUAUACGCCGCUUUGCCUUAUGUGAAGAAAACAGGAAUGUUUUCCAUAAGACUUCCUAACAAAUACAAUGUCUCUUUUGACUAUUAUUAUUUUCUUCUGAUAACCAUGGCCUCCUAUAUACCAUGUGUCGGGUAUACACAACUUAAAGCAAUUGUCUGUCUUUCUCUGUUUCCUUCUCUCACUGAAGUGUUUCCACAACUCUAUUUUCAUAUGUUACGUCAAAGAAGAAAGGUGCUUCAUGGAGAGGUGAUUGUCGAAAAGGAUGAUUAAACCAACCCUACAGACAAGGUGCUUUUUCCAGAAUAACCAAGAUUACUUGAGUCCAAGUUUUAAUAACAAGAAUAAACAACUUCAUGAAAUAACAUGGAUUGUAUUGUUUCUUAAAAUAUAACUUGAGAUGUGGCCUUUGCCAAUAUCUGUCUUCAUAUUUGUGCCAGAUCUGUUUUCUGCAAGAAUUAUGCAGAUAGUAUCAAUUCCAGGGUAGGUGUUGGUCAUUAAGAAAAUCGCUGGCGUAUUACCUGGGGUGGGGUGGGGGACAAACUUAUGUUUUACUAAACAUUUUUGCAACAUACGUUCAAAGCUUUUUAAGUCAAUAUUUAGAAAUUAGUUUAAUGAUUUCACAUUAUGAUACCUGCCAGUGAUAUUUAUGUGAUAUUUAGAAAUGAAAGUAAAUGCCCAAUUAUAGUAACUUGUUAGUAAUGUAUGGGUAUUUCUUGACCCCACAAUCUAUUUUUCAGGCUAUAAGGCAGAAUUUAUGAUUAAUGACAACUUUCAGAAGUGUGGGCAUAAUUGGCUAUGAGAAAACUUUUGAUGUAGAUAAAGUAGCAGCGUUAAAAAACCCAAAAAUACUCAAGUAGGUUUCACGAUUGGAAAAUAUUCUUUGAAAAUAUUUCUCAGUCAUUGAAAUGAUUGCUAUCACUAAGCAUACUUAUUAUGUUAUCUUUUUUGAAUAUAUCACUCAGGGACAACCUUUUAUCUAGAAGGACUUUAAGGGGUUAGAAAGAAUAUCAGUAUAUACUUUGGCCCACUGGUUAAAAAAUAAUGUAUUCAGAACUCUGGUGAGAAAGACUGCUCUUGGCUGUGGGAAUAUCUUAUCAUAAUCAUGUGACAAUAAGCCCUUUGUGGUACUUGGAUAACUAAAAGGUUUGAGGUAUGAACUAAAGCAGACAUACUUUAUUCUGAAUUUCACUGAAUAGUCUUAUAAUAAAAUGAUCCCCGUGUUUAAUAUAAUAAAAUGAUACACUGAAGAUGCUUUCCUGCUGCUUUAGUCCUUAAGGUCUUGAAAACUUUUCCCUCCUAUAUUAAAGUAUGCUGAUUGACUGACCUAGUGUAGCAAGAAGGUUACAAUAUAUGCCUUAAAAGAAAAGGAACUGUUUUUGCCUCCUGUAGCUACCUAGGCAAAUGUUUAAUGUACUGUGUUUACAUUUUACAACCAACAUGUAACAUUAUCCUUUUCAAAACUGCCUAGUUUUGUGUUUCCACCUCUUUUACAAUUUUUUUUCCAUGUAGAGAUCUGUGGUUCAGAAUAUUUUUGCUAACUUUUAUUUUCACUUGAUCUUUUAAAGGUGCUAUUUCUUUUAUAACAUUACAUGUUAAUAUUUCCUCUGUAGCUGUUUUAAUGAGCACUAUGUAUUAGGUGACUAAAUCUCAAAAUGCCAAUGUUCAUUCUGCUCCUACACUACUUGAUCAAUUUUCAUCAUCCUGAAUUUUUAUAUGGAAGACAUUUUCAGGGAGUUUUCCCCUUUGGGUAACAGAGUGUAAGAAAUCACAUGUUUCUUUUACUAGAUGCCUGUCUUGUGAAAAUACUUUAAAUUCUGUCCUAAAAUUUUACAUUAAUUCAACUUGUACUUUCUUCAAGCAGCUGUAAUA